AUGUCGACAUAUUCUUUAUAUCCUGUAAUUCAUGAAGCAAAUACAUUUGAAAUAUUCUCGAUGCUUUUAUAAAUAGGGCUUGAUAGAGCUAACAAUACUAAGACAAUUUAACAAAGACUUAAUCAAACAGAGCAUAUUAAAACUCCAACCGAUUUCUUAUCAUUUGUUAAUGUUAAUGAGAAAUGCCUAUCUUAAUCUUUAAAAUAAGAGAAAUAAAGAGUUGAAUAAGAAUUUGCACUUAUAGAAAUGUUAGUGCCUAACAAAUCGAAAACACAUUUGAUGUAUAAAGGUUUGUAUGAUGAAGGUCUUUCUAUCAUUUAUCACUAAAACUAAUAACAUAGUGGUUACCUUAAUUCCAAGUGAAGGUGAACUUGUCUGGUGAAUUUUUAGAUAUAGCAGAACUUUAUGGUCAAUUUUUUAUUGCAUCGGGAAUGAACCAUAGAUUACAAUAAAUAUAAGCGAUUAAGAAAAAUAAUCUGUAUGAUAAAGUAAUAGAGGGAUGAUUAUAUUUAGAUUCCCUUUAUGCCUUUACUUAUGAAGUGGUUACAUGAAUAUUGCAGAUCAUAAUUUAAUAAAUUGUUCUCUUCUCUUUAUGAAACCAUCACUCUUAUGAAAUCCAACUAUGUAUUUAAUUAUUUAUUAUAAUUAUUUAGAGACAAAUUGUUAACAAACCAAAAGAAGAGUUAUUUUCACCUAGAGUAAAUAAAAUGCCAAUAAAUAGACCUACUUCAUGUAUCAUAAACAAAACAAGAAGUAUUAGUAAUUACAGCAUUCGUAAAACACCUUAAGUGGCAACUAAACGAAACAAUAAUUAACCAGUUUCGAAAUUAAUUAAUUUAAUUUCAGAUGUUAUUGAUAUUGAUCUUACCCAUUAUGACUAAUAAACUCAUAAAAAAAAAGAAUAAAUAUUUACUACUCUUUGGAGUAAAAAUAUUCAUGUUAGAACCACACAUGAGAAAUAUUAGUAAACAUAUGGAAUUUAAAAACCAUAAAUUUCAUCACAUUUUUUCAGCACUCAAAACAAAAGACCUAAUAGCUUUUUUAAACAUUCAUUUCAUAUAGACAAUAAUCUUAGUUUAUUUUGA